AUGGAUCACGUAUCAACGCUGUGUGCAUUAAGCACUGUCGGAAUCGCACCCGUCGGUCUUGCGCUCGGGCGCGCCGAACGAACGCAAAGGGCCAGCCUGUUUCGCCGCAAGACUUUAACGGAAGACUUGCCCAAUGGACCUCAUAUCACGAUCGGAAAGACCACCGUCGAGUCUCGUCCCAAAACCGCAAUUCCAUCUCGAAGUCCCGCAGCUGAAUGGCUCGCCGCCAAGGAAGAAGAAAGCGCCGCCAACCAGUACUCAGGGUCAGAUCUCCGACGGGCACCCUUGUCAUUCAGUGCUGCCAGGCGCCGACAUCGCGGUCAAACCUUGACAAACCCACCUUUACAAAUCCCGGAGAAUGAAUCAACGGAUUCGAAAAAACAGGCCCAUGCCCGGCGACCAUCGACCGGUUGGCUGCGUCGAUUGUCUAUGGCAUCGUAUCAAACCGAAAGCCCGACCGCGGGAAGUCCAGUGGCUCCCUCAUUCAGUGGCUCAGCAAGCCCGAUGUUCCCCCGCUCACCCAGUCAGCGAAGGCCGCCGAACAAGUUGGUCAAGCGCCCGGCUUCACAACACACUGCUAUGCAUGCUUUCGGUAUGAACACCAUCUCUGGACCUUCGCCUGCUGCGCUUCGCAGGCCUGCCACCAGCCAUCAGCGGUCUGAAUCAAUGAUUCUUCAGACCCCAGCGACAUCUGACUUUGAGGCAUAUUUCCCAAAAUCCCCCGUGGAAUCCCCCGCUAUCGAGGAGUUUAAUCUCGAGAAGCAGAAGCAAUGGUCGUCUUUCUUCCUUCCCAAGGCUAGCAAACUGGCAGAACGACUCUCGCGUAGGUUCUCAACUUCAACUACUCCAAAGGUCCAGAGUGUGCGCCAAAUUGUGUCUGAGCAAGGUGAUCUUCCGGCGUUGUUAAUGGCCGAUGCUAUUUCACCCGGCGCAGCUACACCCAGAGGAGACAAGUCGAUUCCCAGCACUCCGGUUGAAUUCCGCAAUCCGUUCCAAUCAACCGCGCCUAAGCCUGCAGUCGAGGUGCCAGCGCCCGGGAACCCUCUGGCCUCGCAAGACCCAAGGGAGAAAAUCAGCCACAAGCAGUCAUACUCAUUCAACGAUGUUGAACCGAAGGUUGUUAUGGCUAAUACCGUCACUGCACAUGGAACGCCGAUAGUGGGACGUGUUCGUGGUGGCUCUCUCAAGCGUGUCAAGGGAAGAACAUUCUCAAUUCCACGUUCUGAAUUAUCACAAGCAGACAAGAGUGUUGCUAUCCCCAGUUCUCCGGCGCCUGAACGACGGAAUAUCACUGACCCAACCGUGUUUCAACCUCCGCAUCCGAUCUCCCAGCCUGGCUGGGCUGUGUCGGCUUUGGAAAGGCGGUCCCAGGUUGGUCCACGGUCCGUGUCGCAGGACUAUAACGUUGGUUUGGGAUCUCGGGCGGGCUCACGGCCAUUGAAUUCCGAUGCCGUUGCCCUGUCGGCUUGGCAGCAAGCGUCCCGUCCGGACGGUCAGGCUUAUGGCUCUCUGCGUCGUCGUCCCAAGGGAUUUUCGAUUUCAGGUUCUGAUCCGGCUUCCACAGUUAUUGGGUCCGAUGACACGCGCGUUUUCACCUCUUGCGAUGAAUAUGAAACCGACGUGAUGUCCGAUUAUUGGGACUCCAUUCGUACGCGUGAAACCAGUGCCAGUGGAUUGAAGGGACUUCGCAUCGAAACAAUGUUUGAUAAGGCAGGGACGAGUUUGGUAACUGAAGAAGCCACGACUUUGGAGGCCCUGCUUCCGCGAGGCUCUUUCGCCGCUCGGUCUGAGAAGGAUCCUCGACUUUUUACGGAUUCAUAUUUGGCUUCCCCUCCUCUGACUCAUGUCUCCAUGGCUGAUAACACGGGUUUGCCUGGCGUGCCAGAUGAAGAUUCUCUCAGUAUGAUUGGGUCUCUUCCUGAUGACGAUCGCGAUGAAUUCCCAUCGCCUGUGGCGCACACUCUGUCCCAAUACGCUGAGCCCGAUUCUCCCAUCGGCUCUCCCAUCAACAAGUCCGGACCAUUUUCUGGUGCCCAUAACUUGCAUGUCAACAAAAAAGCGAACAUUUUUGACUGGUCCGAGCAAACACGUCCGGAUCGCGAAUCUUCGGACUUCGAGGCGCGUCCCAGGACUAUGCAAGGCAAGCAAGAAGGUGCAACCGAUCGAAGUAGCCGUGGCGUGUGUCGCAAAGCACCAUCCACCGUGCAUCUCCGAAGUCAAAGUGUUCCCGUCGCAAGUGAACUUCCCACCAACGAAUCACGUCAAACAUCCGGAAAGUUUGGUACUUGGGGUUUGGGUUCUAAAGGGGUCAGUGAAGACUGGGAUAGUGAUUUCGACUUUGACGAGUCGGAGGAAACUCCUGUCGCAGAAAACAAACAGAUCGCUGAGCCGGAACCCAACCGUCAAAGUAUGACCGUUCCCAAGGCCAUCCUGGAACGUCAAGCAAGUCUUCGGGGUCAAUUCGGGCAGGUUCAAGAAUUGACGCUCUUGGUGGAGGAGUUGAAACGUCUUCGGCAUCAAGCCAAUGCCUUAGAUCUUGUUAAUGGACCUUCGAGUGAAUUGUGGAAAGAAGCGGAACAAAUCGUGAAUCUUGCUACCAUUGAUGAUGAUGAAGAACAUCGCUCACCACCGGGGUCUCCUUCCUCUCUCACGUUUAGCUUUGAUGAAUCCGAUGACGAAGGACUCAAUACGUCUUCUUCAAAGCGAAACAGUGAGGUAUCAUGGGACGUACCUCAUGGUGACCACUCCGAGUCCGCAUUUCCUCUCGCUCACCUGGUGAAAGACUCAGCAAAAUCGAAAUCCGUGUUGGAUAUUCUUCAGCCCCGUAAUGAAAAGCUCUCUGCUCUCGAUGAAGUUGAUUUUACCUCACGGGCAAAGAAACUUCCUUUUGAUACGUCUUCGUUGAAGAACUUGGUGGUUCGAGCAGGUGUCGUGACACGUGCUUUGAAGGAGGUGAUACGUAAAGCAGAGGGUGUAGCAACAACCCCUCAGGACUUUCACCAAGACCCGCCAUUCCGACGCAUAUUUGACAAGCCAAAAGAUGACAUCGCUGACUUUGAGGCUGCACUUGCCGAAAUGUCAUAA